GGGCACGACAAGCUCGCCGGCUACGACCUGUGGGACAGCAUGGGCCGCCCCAAGUACAUCGUCGCACCCAUGGUCGACCAGUCAGAGCUUGCCUGGCGGAUCCUGUCGAGGAUGUACGGCGCCAACCUGUGCUACACGCCCAUGUUCCACGCCGCCCUGUUCGCGACGCAGCCCAAGUACCAGCCCGAGAUGUUCGACCUGUCGCCCGACUCGCUCGAGGGCGUCGCGCCGUACGACCGCCCGCUCGUCGUCCAGUUCUGCGCCAACGACAAGGACCAGUGGCUCGCCGCCGCCAAGAAGGUCGAGGGCCGGUGCGACGCUGUCGACCUCAACCUCGGCUGCCCGCAGGGCAUCGCCAAGCGCGGUCGGUACGGCGCCUUCCUCAUGGAAGAGUGGGACCUGAUCCGCUCGAUGAUCUCGCACCUGCACCAACACCUCGCGACGCCCGUCAUCGCCAAGCUGCGCGUCUUUCCUUCGCUCGAUAAGACGCUCCAGUACGCCUCGCACAUCUACUCGUCCGGGGCUCAGCUCCUGUGCGUUCACGGUCGCACUCGCGAGGCCAAGGGCCAGCUCGCCGGCUUUGCGUCGUGGCCCAAGAUCAAGGCCGUCGUCGACCUCAUCUCGCCCAAGGUGCCCGUCCUCGCCAACGGCGGCUGCCCCGGGUCCGAGGAGAUCCAGCCGUGCCUCGACGAGACGGGCGCGUACGGCGUCAUGAGCGCCGAGGGCAACCUGUACAACCCGAUGAUGUUC